AAGUGCAGCGCAACGACAGACACUCAGAGAGAGCGGCGCAGCCUGCCUUCCUAUAUAUCUGCACCGUGUGGCAUGUGAAGGCAGAACGGGAUCGUAACGUCAGUCAGUUGUCACGCAGCCAGUGAACGUGAAACAAGUCAACAGUGUGAAAUAUUUGAUCAGUGAUUUCAGCAUUUCUUUGGUAUUCAAUUCGGUGGUUUGGGGUCAUUUUUGAAAACGUCGUACAUAGAACAAGUGGUUUUUGACGUAUUAGACUCUGUUUUACGUAGGGGUUAGCUAUUUGAAUCUGGACUACACUGGGCGAAUUGCUCUCUGGUUUGGCAAUCACUUUAUCACACUUUCGCUGUAGGUGCAAUCAGUAACGGCAUCCCCCUGUCUAGUCGCACAUGUACACCAGAUGUCAAAUUAUCUUCCGCGUUUUUGAAUUCACCCUCUUUUUUCAAAAAAGGGAACACGUUGCUAGGCAGCAAGUUUGAUUUAUUUUUGUGACGGUCCACGUGUAUCCAUUUUUGAUAGAACUAGCAAUAUAUUGAUUUGGACCAUAGCCUUCGGCACACCACAUAGGAAAUGAAGGGAGGACAUUCACAGAGGCGUCGCUUCUCGCUUCAAGCCCUGUGCGUCGUGCAAUCUCCAACGAGCGAAGAGGAGCCACUGGGCAAUAGCCAUUGCCAUCAAACGGUUGACGAAACGCCGUUGGAAGAAUCUGCAGGUCGAUGUGGAACACCGUCCGGUAGCCAUCGGCAAAGCCGACGGCGUCGCCCACUUUCCACCGAGCCAGCCAUUUCAUCCGCCAGUAAAUCAUCCGCCGGAAAGAAUCUUGUACCACCGGCUCCUUCGACUCCAGUCAAAUCUCAUUACAAGGUCGUGGUAAUGGGUUCAGCAAGGGCGGGCAAGACUUCGUUAGUCGGCCAGUUCCUCUACGCAGCCUAUAGUCCUCGCUACAGGCCCACCGUCGAAGAUAUGCACACUGUCGAGCUCGAUUGUCAAGGGCUAGAUCUACGCUUGGACAUUCUGGACACGGGCGGCAGUUAUGUUUUCCCUGCUAUGCGAUCGUUGGCCAUCAAAUCGGCUGAUGGUUUCGUCCUCGUCUGCGCAUCCGACGAUCCUUCGUCUCUAGAGGAAGCGGAACAUUGUCGAUCUCAAAUUUUGGAAGUCAAAGGCCCGGCUUGUCCGGUCGUCGUUGUGUUGAACAAAACGGAUCUCAUCCGCUCCGGUUCCGUCUCUUCCGAACCACCCACCGAUGAGGAGAAGUAUGAAAAUCAAGCGAUUGGCGGAGGUGGAAGUCGCGCCGGAAGCGACGGAGGGAAUUUCCUGUGUCAAGAAAUGGUCGAAUCGCUCGUCACCUGCGAUUGGGGCCAUGGAUUCGUUCCGGCUUCAGCCAAAAAUAACAUCAACGUCGUCCAGGUAUUUCAAGAAUUAUUUAUUCAGGCCAAGUCGCGAAUUGCGCUGAGCCCAGCCGUCCGCAAACGACGCCAAUCGCUGCCCGCACGAACCCUCAUCCCUCCGGGAACGAGCGGCAGCAACCCCCAUCCCCAAUUGGGUCACCAUUUGUCGUUGCACGGAUCGAACGUAGCCGCCGCAGCCGCUGCAGCCGCCGCCACUGCUGCCGCUACUUCCGCUGUCAAUUCAUCAGUCAGUUCAUCACCUACUGGCACCAGCAGCUUUGCCAAACGUAAUUCAUGUACCGUUUCAUAAAAUCAACGAUAACCAAAUAGAAAAAAAAAAAAAGAAGGAAAUGUUCCUUCCCUCAAGCUUUUAGACGUGUGAAUUUAUGGAUCACGUGACACUUUUUUGUUCGCAAUUUUUUAUUUUGCCUUUAUAAAUUCGUUUGUUUUUUUGUAGCGUCCCGUACCUCUUGCAAGACACACUUACAGUGCGCUUUGUGCAACAACAAAAAAAAAAAAAGAUAUUUAACGAGACCCCUGAUUUCAUAGUCUGCACUUGGCAAGAUAAUUGUUUCGCUUUUUGACAGGAUAAUUUUGUUAAAUUUAUUGUUUUUUCUUUUAUUUUUGAAAAAUAAUGUUAUUACCGACGCGAUUCUUUCUUUUUACCUACUUGCCGCUCCCCUCUGUCUUGCUAGUCACUAUCACGUACUUGUACGAUAAUGAUGUCGUUUCACAAUUAUAACCCGUGAAAAAAACAACAAAAAAUAGAAACAAGAGUCUCGAAUAUUUAAUGAGCAGAGAACGUUAUAUAUCCAAGCUUUGAAGCUUAAUACGUGCAAUAUGUUUGCAAUGAGUCAAGAAAGAUCCACAAGGUUGUGUGCGCAUAUAUACAUUUAUAUAACACGAAUUCCAUUGGCAUGCUAUUGUACUUUGUAUGCAGUAUAUAUAUUGAUGUAUAUUGAUUGCGCAUAUCAUUGGAAAAAUAUCUGUAUACACCAAAAUUUCGUUUCGG